CUUCUUCAUGUUUGUGGGUUACCGCCUUUCCAACAUGGCUCCCCAUAGACACUUCUUAAAUGUCAAAACAAAAACAACAAGACAGCAAAGAUGAGCCCCAGGGGCCGACGUAACCGCCGUUUUUUAGGUAAUUUGUCAGCAUCCAGCCCCCAGAAGCCCUCCGAUGACGCCUUUCCCCCCCACUAGGACGCACCCGUGCACAACCCCCACGGCCCCACACAUCCAGGAACAACCAUGAAGAGCAUGGAACUGGACUCCAUAGGGACCGUGUUCUGGUUCCAGAAGGCCGACUCGCUCAACACGUUCAUCAAGAUGUGGUACCACGUUUUCCUUUGGUCGUUUUUUUCCUCGUUGGUGGUGCACACUUUGGCGGGUUUGAUUGCGUUCCUCACCCUGAGGAAACACAAGUUUGGGAAGUUUUUCCCGUUGGCGAUAUUGUUGAUAGGGAUCGUGGCCCCGGCGGUCACGGGAAUCGUGAGCAGUGCGGCGAUCGCGUUUGUGUAUCGGGCCUCGAGUUUGCCCAUGAACCCUCUGUAUGCGCUGUUCUGGGGGUGCGGACAGACCAUUGUGAUGGCGUCGAUGGGAUUCACGCGGAUUUUGGCCACUUUGUGAAGUGUGGGUGGAAAUGGGACACAAGUGUAGAGUAGCUCUAUUUUAUUCAUAUUAUAAGUUAUUGGUUUUGUUUUGUUGAUUUAUUUUUAAGUAUUAGAAAUCGAUUGUAACGUUUUAGAGAAAAAUGAUUUUUAUAAUG